AUGCAAAAACAAAGCUACCACGAUCCCAUAUCACCAAGUAACAACAAUCCUAACAGACGAGGCCUCCAGCUCCACGGCGAGUCGCGGUCUCUGGGCUUGAGCCAGCCUACCAACGCGUUCCGGGUGGCCUCAGAAAUCGUGCGCCGGGAAGGCCCUCUGGGACUGUACAAGGGUUUGUCUCCGGCGAUUCUCAGGCACCUUUUUUACACGCCUAUUCGCAUCGUCGGUAACUCUUUGAAAACUGAUGGUGGGUCCCUCUCUCUUCCGGCUAAAGCCCUCUCUCGCGUCAUUGCUCAGUUGGUGGCAAGCCCGGCAGAUCUUGGAAAGGUGAGGAUGCAAGCAGAUGGUCGUUUUGUGAGCCAAGGCUUUCAACCUAGGUACUCGGGGUGUUUCAAUGCUUUAAACAAGAUCGCCCGAGCAGAAGGUGUUGGAGGACUUUGGAAGGGGGUUUUCCCCAAUGUUCAAAGAGCUUUCUUAGUAAACAUGGGGGAAUUAGCUUGUUACGAUCAUGCAAAACGUUUUGUUAUCAAUAAUCAGAUUUCUGAUGAGGAUAAUAUAUAUGUCCACACGUUAGCAUCAAUCAUGUCGGGCCUUUCAGCGACUGCUUUGAGCUGUCCAGCAGACGUGGUAAAGACGAGAAUGAUGAAUCAAUCAGAAUUCAGGGAAGGUAAGAUUAUGUACAGAAGUUCUUAUGAUUGUCUUGUGAAGACUGUCAAAGUUGAAGGUCUGAGAGCUCUGUGGAAAGGGUUCUUUCCUACAUGGGCACGGCUUGGGCCUUGGCAAUUUGUGUUCUGGGUCUCGUAUGAGAGGUUUCGACAAAUUGCAGGGUUUUCUUCCUUCUGAUGAUGAACCUUUAGAUCGACUCUCACGUUACAGAUUGUCAUUGAUUGUUUGUCGUGGCAGAUGAUUCGAUGCCGAGGUACGGGACAUUGUGAUUUUAAAUGUCAUGGGUAAUGGUGAUUAUCUGCCCUAAUAUGCUACAUGAGAUGACACAGGCCUUGUCUUGCUCCUCAUGUAUCAGGAGUCAGGACACAAUCCCGUUUGUCAAUUUCACCCCAUUCACGACAUAGGAAAUGUCUGCUGAAGACGAAUGCAUAAUAAUGAAUAAUCUAUUGAAGAUGAAUUUGUAAGAAAUGAAUACGGCAUGCAUAACGGAACACUUUCAAGGGUGGAGCCAAAGUUAAAUGGAACCUCUACUAAUGAUUUGUUUAAAAUAUCUGACAUGUUUACUUAUUUGAAUUAGUAUUGUAAUAAGAGAAUUGAUUCUUAAACAUAUUUUUCCCUGUGUUUAUUAACACGAUAGAGAAUUG